AUGGCAGACUCAACGAACGGCGACUCGCCACCACCACCAAAGGAAGGGCUGGCGACGAGGUCCAAAGGCAAAAUGCAAAGCAUCAAACAUGCUCUGACCACCAAAGACGGCCUCAUCGGCGACUACGACUACGCCUUCCUCUUCAAGCCCAACCUCCCCUUCAUGCGCAAAUCCCGACGGGCAGCGCCCUUCUUCGGCCUCAACGAGCCCAUGCCCGUGAUGCUCGCGCUCCUGCUCGGAUUCCAGCACGCGCUCGCCAUGCUAGCGGGGAUCAUCACGCCGCCCAUCAUCAUCGCCGGCCAAGGCGGCGUUGCGCUCGGGGCUGGCGACACGCAGUAUCUAGUAUCCACGGCGCUGAUCGUGUGCGGCAUCCUCUCCUCUCUGCAGAUCACGCGGUUCCAUCUGUUCGGCAGCCCGUACUAUUUCGGCACGGGCCUCAUUUCGGUCGUGGGCACGAGUUUCUCGAUUAUUCCGGUCGCGACCGGCGCGUUUGCGCAGAUGUAUGCCACGGGGUAUUGUCCCAGUGGGCCAGGUGGCGAGAAAUUGCCUUGUCCCAAGGGGUAUGGGGCGUUGCUUGGGACGGCGUGUUUGUGCGCGCUGCUAGAGAUAGGGCUGUCGUUUACGAAACCUUCGGUUCUGAAGAAAGUGUUUCCGCCGCUUGUCACUGGACCUACCGUGGCUCUCAUUGGUGUUGCGCUCAUUGAAAGCGGAUUCCAGAACUGGGCUGGUGGCUCAGGCUCACCAGGUUGCAUCGACCGUCCAUCCAGCGGCAUGUUCAGCGUCUGCCCCAUGGAAGGCGCUCCUCACGCCCUCCCAUGGGGCAGCGCCGAGUAUAUCGGCCUCGGCUUCUCCGUCUUCGUGACCAUAAUCCUGUGCGAGCGCUUCGGCUCCCCAAUCAUGAAAUCCUGCGCCGUAGUCAUCGGACUCCUGGUCGGCUGCAUCAUCGCGGCCGCAACGGGCUAUUUCUCCGCAACGAACAUCAACGCCGCGCCUGCGGCGUCCUUCAUCUGGGUGAAAACCUACGGCCUACGUAUCUACGCGCCCAUGAUCCUCCCCCUCCUGGCCGUCUACAUCGUCCUCAUGAUGGAAGCCAUCGGCGAUAUCUCCGCCACUUGCGAUGUGUCCCGCCUCGAAGUAGAGGGCAGGCUCUUUGAUUCGCGCAUCCAAGGUGGCAUUCUAGCUGAUGGCUGCAACGGCCUGAUCGCUGGCCUCUGCACAAUCUCGCCCAUGUCUGUGUUCGCGCAAAACAACGGCGUCAUCGCCCUCACCCGCUGCGCGAAUCGCAAAGCGGGCUACUGCGCCUGCUUCUUCCUCAUCAUAAUGGGCAUCUUCUCAAAGUUCGCCGCUGCGCUCGUGGCGAUCCCCGCGUCCGUUCUCGGCGGCCUGACAACUUUCCUCUUCAGCGCCGUCGCUGUGUCCGGUAUUCGCAUCAUCUCUACCGUUCCCUUCACGCGACGCAACAGAUUCAUCUUGACUGCUGCGCUGGCGCUCGGCUUUGGCGCGAUACUGGUCCCAAAAUGGUUCACGUACGUGUUCACGUACAAGGGGGAUAAUCAGACGAAACAAGGGUUCUUCAAUGCCAUUCAAUUGGUACUGGAGACCGGGUUUGCCAUCACGGGGUUUUUGGCUAUGUUUUUGAAUUUGGUGCUGCCGGAGGAAAUUGAGGAUGAGGCGCAGAGUAUUACGGCGAAUAUGGCGGAUGAGCAGGAUGAUAGGGAGGAGUGGGAUCGAAUUCAGAAGGGGAAGGUGAGGGAUGAGGAGGUUGGGGAUGAAAAGAAAUUAUGA